ACGAACACUUACGAAAAUUGCCGAUUGCCACGUUACCAAACUCAUCUGUUAGACCUACCCUAGAGUUCUUUUUGUGUAGUUUGGGGAUGUUUUGACACGACUUGUCAGAUUUCAAAAUUUUUCCUUCAAAGAUGGAAAUAUCUUAUGCAUUCAUUUUUCUUUUACCGUGCAUCUUAUAUGUAGACGCUAUACGAUUUUAUCUGUCAUCAAAUCAGAAGAAGUGCCUUCGUGAAGAAAUUCACAAAAAUGUUUUGGUAACCGGUGAAUACGAAGUGCAAGAAAAUGGUCAGAGGGCAGAUUUGACUGUGACUGACUCAAGAGGGCACAUUUUGUACACUAAAGAAGAUGCUACUAAAGGCAGAUUUGCAUUCACUACAGAGGAGUAUGAUAAUUUUGAAGUCUGCUUUGCUUCAAAACCCAUGGGUGGUGGAAUAGCUGCAGAUAGAGAAGUGUAUUUAAAUGUCAAGCAUGGUAUUGAAGCUAAGAACUAUGAAGACAUUGCAAAAGCUGAAAAGUUGAAACCUCUUGAGGUGGAGUUAAGAAGACUUGAGGAUCUUUCCAAAUCUAUUGUUGAUGACUUUGCAUACAUGAGAGCAAGAGAGGAACAAAUGAGAGACACAAAUGAAUCCACCCACUCACGUGUGAUGUACUUCAGCCUGUUCUCUAUGCUGUGCCUGCUUGGUCUGGCCACUUGGCAAGUCCUGUACCUUAGGAGAUAUUUCAAAGCUAAAAAACUGAUUGAGUAGAACAAAGUCGUCCUUUAGCUCAGUGUGUUUGUUUGUGUGGGCUAUGUGAGUGAGUCAGCUGUCUUGUUUACUUCAUUGUUACCUUGUUGAGUUCUGUCUUGAUAGCAGCAUGUAUUAUAUUAUUUUGUCUAUGUAAUGGUUACAUAGCUAACUAGUUGUACAUGAUAAUUCAGUUGCUAAAGCCUCAUUGAGUGUUUGUUUAUAUUUGUGGCUGUGGGUAAUACAUGGAAAAUAAUUUUUUCUUCUUUUUUUUUAUUAAAAAAAAUAA